AUGGCUUCUACCUUCUUCAGGAGACUAGCUAACGCCCCUCCAAUUUCAUUUGGAAGUCAGCCCAAGUCCGCUUUUGGAGCAAUCGCUGCAGUUACUGGUGGAAUUUCUUAUUUGUACUAUUACUCCUCUCCAAGUUUGGCUCAUUUAGAAGAAUUGAAAGUAGAAGGCAGUCCAAAAGUUGCUCUCAAUCCAGAUAAAUGGAUUGAAUUUAAGCUGCAAGACACUGCCAGAGUUAGCCAUAAUGCUCAUUUAUUCAGGUUUUCAUUUGAUCCUGCUGCAAAGUUGGGUUUAGAUAUUGCUUCAUGCAUUAUUACAAGGGCUCCAUUAGGACAAGAUGCUGAAGGAAAACCAAAAUAUGUUGUACGCCCGUAUACUCCUAUAUCAGACCCAGAUUCUAAGGGAUAUUUUGAUUUAUUAAUCAAGGUGUAUCCUGAAGGAAAAAUGAGUCAGCAUUUUGCUACCUUAAAACCUGGAGACGUUGUUGAAGUGAAAGGGCCCAUCGAAAAGCUCAGAUAUUCUCCCAAUAUGAAGAAGCACAUUGGCAUGAUUGCAGGUGGCACUGGCAUUACUCCAAUGCUUCAAGUAAUUGAGGCUAUACUGAAGAAUCCCGAUGACAACACUCAGGUAUCGUUGCUUUAUGGCAAUGUCUCCCCCGAUGACAUACUUCUUAAACAGAAGCUUGACUUUCUUGCUGCUAGCCAUCCAAAUUUAAAGAUAUUCUACACUGUAGACAAUCCAUCGAAGAACUGGAAAGGAGGUUCAGGUUACAUUUCAAAAGAUAUGGUUGUGAAAGGCUUACCUCGUCCGAGUGAUGAUACACUUGUCCUGGUGUGCGGACCUCCUGGGAUGAUGAAACAUAUAUCGGGUGAUAAGGCUGCAGAUCGUUCACAGGGAGAGCUCACUGGCCUACUAAAGGAAGUUGGAUACACAGAGGAAAUGGUUUACAAAUUUUAA